UGUCCACGGUGACGUAGACAGCGGACCGCGAGUCGAGUUGCACCUGAGAGGACCCGCCGCAGUGGCUCGGGGGUCCAGGGCUGACCUAGGGCCGCAGACAGAGUGACCUGUGGCCUGUGUGUCAGGAACCGAGGCUCCGGGCUGGACGGACGUCGCUCUGAGGUCAGGAAGUCGCACACCCGGGAUGUGCCCGCCUUUACCCGCUUCUCAAUUUCUUGAGUUUUCUACCCAGGAUGACUUCAGUGACCAAAUCAGAGAUCAUAAAAGAAGAGAAACCAGUGCCGUCUGAGAUUCAUGAUCAUCAAUUGCCAUCAAGUCUCAACCCUGUGGAAGUGUUUACUAAAUCAUCUGCUUCCUUGGAGAUGACUCAAGGCAUUACAAAGGAAAGAAUUCACCUUGGAUCUAUCCCAAAGAAAGGGGAAAGUUGUGAUGUCAGCUACCAGGAAGGACUUCAGUUGAGGUCCCUUCAUUUGUCCCCUCAAGAACAGUCUGUCCGUCAUCAUGACAGGAGACAGUCCUGGCGACGAGCAAGUAUGAAAGAAAUAAACCGACGAAAGUCACUGCCUCCCUUCCACCAGGGCAUCACAGAGCUCAGCAGGUCUAUCAGUGUUGACUUGGCAGAAAGUAAACGACUUGGCGCUCUCCUGCUUUCUAGUUUUCAGUUCUCUGUACAGAAACUUGAACCUUUCCUAAGGGACACUAAAGGCUUCAAUCUUGAAAGUUUUAGAGCAAAAGCAUCUUGUCUUUCUGAGGAGUUGAAACAUUUUGCAGACAGAUUGGAAAGUGAUGGAACUCUGCAAAAAUGUUUUGAAGAUUCAGAAGAAAAAGCAUCAGAUUUAUCUCUGGAGAAGUCAGUGGCCGAGAUGAAGGAAUAUAUAGCAAAAUUUUCUUUAGAAAGUCAGACUUGGAAUCAGCUCUUGCUGCGCUACCAGAAAGAGGUACUGCCAGAAGCUAUGUCCAGAGAAUCAGCUGAAACCAAAAUUACUGAAGUCAAAGUAGAACCUCCAACGUAUCUUGGGUCUUCCCAGAGUGAAGUUCUUAACACAAAACCUGACUAUCAGAAAAUAUUACAGAAUCACAACAAAGUAUUCGAUUGUAUGGAGUUGGUGAUGGAUGAGCUGCAAGGAUCAGUAAAGCAGCUGCAAGCUUUUAUGGAUGAAAGUACCCAGUGCCUCCAGAAGGUGUCAGCACAGCUUGAGAAGAGAAGCAUGCAACAAUUAGACCCUUCACCUGCUCGAAAACUGCUUAAACUUCACCUCCAGAAGCCGUCUGCCACACAUUGCUCUGGAUCUUGUCAGUGACCUCGCCCAGCUCUUCUGCCAGAAGACACUCAGGACAGGAUUGGCAAGAGUGCCCUGGCACGGGGCAGCUGCACAGCCACGUGAUCUAGAGAGUUGUUGCUGUUGAGGAUCACUGGCUAACCAACUCUAGAGCACUUUGACUUUUUUCUGAAUGAUAGAAUUGAGGCAUCCAAAAGAAAAUUUUUUCCAGGAAUGUGCAAAAUGUUUGAAACUUCCUUUUUUAAAUGGCCUUCAAAACCAGUGGUCUAUUCUUUUAAAUAUCCUUCAUAGUAUGAAGAUGUCAGGUUUUGAAACCAAGGUUUUUUUUUUUUUUUUUUUUUUUUUUUGCAGUGCUGGGGAUUGAACCCAGGGCCUUGUGCUUACAAGGCAAGCACUCUACCAACUGAGCUAUCUCCCCAGCCCUGAAACCAAGGUCUUUUAGAACCAAGUUUAACGAAACAUUUUAGGGGCCAAGUUGAGUUCUGGUCAUUAAAGGAUUAGACUGGUUUUUGAGGUGCAGCUGUGAAGACAAUUUUAGGUGGAAGAGCAUUGAGCAUUGUUUCCAUCAUUGGGUUACAGAUAUCAUGUCACAAAAUGUCCAGUUUGAAGAAAAUACUACUUAUUUUUCAUGUCUUCAGUGUAUUUUAGGUUUUUUUUUGUUUUU